AUGUCCAGACGUAAAGAAUGGCCCGAAUUGGUUGGACAGACAUUCGAAGUAGCAUCUCAAAAAAUUUUAGAAUUUGAUAACAGUUUAACGCCAUAUAAUGCAAGGAAUGGAAUUCAAGAUCGAAUGCGCAUGCCAACUCGCGUCCCGAACUUUGCAUGUUUCUUUGAUAUUGAUGGUGUUAUUACAAAAGGUCCAAAUUUUAUCACGGUUGCUAAACCAGCAAUACAAACAUUGAUUCAGCUCAAUGUACCUGUUGUAUUUGUUUCAAAUACAUGUAUGCUCGAAUCAGAUAAGGCUAAACAAUUAUCAGCUGUACUUGGAGUAACUAUUCAUCCUGAACAAAUUGUUCUUGCUCAAACACCAAUGCGCACAUUAACUAAUUUUCAUAAUAAACAUGUUCUUGUUUCUGGACAAGGUCAAGCUGAAGAUAUUGCUCGAAUGAUCGGUUUUAAAAGUAUAACAACAAUUGAAAAAGUUUGUGAAGCAUUUCCAGAAUUAGAUAUGAUUGAUCAUAUGAAUCGGGUUAGAUUGAGUGAAAUGAUUAGUACUCAAGGUCUUGUUCAUGAUGAGAAUUUUCGUCCUAUUGAAGCUAUUGUUUUACUUGGUGAACCUACUCAUUGGGAAAGAUCAUUACAAGUUCUUAUUGAUCUUCUUUUAACUGAUGGUAAUCCUGCUAUUGUACCAGAUGAUUCAAAUACAAAACAUGAUCAUAUACCUAUCAUUGCUUGUAACAGAGAUCUUGUAUUUAAAGCUGCUGCAGAUUUACCACGUUUUGGUCAUGGUGCUUUUCUUACUUGUUUAGAAACAUUAUAUAAAGGUAUAAGUGGAAAUGAUCUUAAAUAUACAGCAUUUGUUGGUAAACCAUUUGAAAUAUCAUAUCAAUAUGCUGAAACAAUAGCUAAUCAAAUAGCAUUAGCUAAUGGUCAACCAAAAAUUGAAAAAGUUUAUUUUAUUGGAGAUAAUCCAGAUGUUGAUAUUGUAGGUGCAAAUAUGUAUAAUCAUUUAUUACAACAAGCAAUGAAUUUAAGAACAAGUAUUAGUGGUUAUAGUUUAUUAUCGGAUUCGAGCUUUUUAACUGCAACCUCGUGUGAAUCAAUUCUAGUAUGUACAGGUGUUUAUGAACCAAAUAAACAAAAACUUGAUGGUAAAAAUCCAUGGAAAGUACCAACAACAAUUAAACUUGAUGUUUUUGAAGCUGUUAAAUAUAUUAUUCUAAAGGAAGCAUGGCAAUGGAUUGUCAAUUGUUAG